CGAAGAGGAUGAAGGUGAACCCGGAAGUGUUUCGCGGCCAAGGCCUGGGCGACUCUUUUGAAUGGAAUCGAGCUGAUUCAUCGUGCUUUCUCCGAGCCGGGGCUGGGGGUCUAGUCGGAGCCAUUGUAUCUGCUGCCGCUAUCACUUCAGCAGCCACGCGUGGAAAAGUCACUUGGCUACCCACCUUCAGGAAAAAAAAGGAAAAAAAGAAAUAAUUGGGAAGAGUUACACUUCAAAACUGCUACAAGGAUCAAAGUUUGAAUUAAGAAGAAUUUUUGCCAAGUUCAACAAUUUGAAGCCUGAAAUUUUGUAGUUAGUGACCAGAAAUAUGGACAGACUACUUCGACUUGGAGGAGGUAUGCCUGGGCUUGGCCAGGGGCCACCUACAGAUGCUCCAGCAGUAGAUACAGCAGAACAAGUUUAUAUCUCUUCUUUGGCACUAUUGAAAAUGUUGAAACAUGGUCGUGCUGGAGUUCCAAUGGAAGUUAUGGGUUUGAUGCUUGGAGAAUUUGUUGAUGAUUACACCGUCAGAGUGAUUGAUGUGUUUGCUAUGCCACAGUCAGGAACAGGUGUCAGUGUAGAGGCAGUUGAUCCAGUAUUCCAAGCCAAAAUGUUGGAUAUGCUGAAGCAGACAGGAAGGCCUGAGAUGGUUGUUGGUUGGUAUCAUAGUCACCCUGGCUUUGGCUGUUGGCUUUCUGGUGUGGAUAUCAAUACUCAGCAGAGCUUUGAAGCCUUGUCGGAAAGAGCCGUAGCAGUCGUAGUGGAUCCCAUUCAAAGUGUCAAAGGAAAGGUUGUUAUUGAUGCCUUCAGAUUGAUCAAUGCUAAUAUGAUGGUCUUGGGACAUGAACCCAGACAAACAACUUCAAAUCUGGGUCACUUAAACAAGCCAUCUAUCCAGGCAUUAAUCCAUGGACUGAAUAGACAUUAUUACUCCAUUACUAUCAACUAUAGAAAGAAUGAGCUAGAACAGAAGAUGUUGCUAAAUUUGCAUAAGAAGAGUUGGAUGGAAGGUUUGACACUUCAAGACUACAGUGAACAUUGUAAACUCAAUGAAUCUGUAGUAAAGGAGAUGUUGGAAUUAGCUAAGAAUUACAAUAAGGCAGUAGAAGAAGAAGAUAAGAUGACACCUGAACAGCUGGCAAUAAAGAAUGUUGGCAAGCAGGACCCAAAGCGUCAUUUGGAAGAACAUGUGGAUGUGCUUAUGACCUCAAACAUUGUCCAGUGUUUAGCAGCUAUGUUGGAUACUGUUGUAUUCAAGUAAAAAACAAACAAACAAACAACAACAACAAAAACCCAAAACAGCAGAAAACUGUUAGUGAUACUUCCAGUGUAUAUUCGUCUAUUGUUUCUAACGCUCACAAUCAGUCGACUGCCGAAGGUGUAUUUGGUUAAAUGGAAGACAUCUGGCAUCAUUUGCAUUCCAAGAUCAGCACUCUAACACCUUUGGGUCUCUGUUUGCAAUUACUUCUGUUUCUUUAGGUCGGGAUCUUUGCAGAAUCCAAAGUAGUACAAGAAUACAUCAAAGUGGACAAAUUUUAUUAAGUUACCAUUUAAUAUUUGAAGAAAUCAGUAGUACAUAUAUAUUUUGAUUGUUGCUACAUAAUAAAAAUACAUUUACAAUCUA